AUGGCCGCCGCUGUCGCAUCCCAGGCCGCCAUCCCAUCCCAGGCCGCCGUGGCGGAGCAGCCCGCCUUCGUGUUCACGGAGGACAAUUUCCGCGCGCCGAAGCUCCCCGCGAACCUCAAAGUCGUCGACGUGCCCCUCGUGGAGGCGACGGACGCGGCGCUGGAGGGUUUUGGGUACGUGCUCCACAGCGCCGACGAGCGCACGGUGGAGAAGAAGAACUUCGAGAUCGUCCAGUGGCCCGCCAAGGGCUGGCGCAAGUGCGACCCGGGCUGCGGCGACGAGGCGGGGACGACGGAGGGCCGGUUCGAGGUGCGGUGGGAGGGCGACUUCUUCUACGGAAACAACUUGGCCGUCGCGACGACGAACAACACGUACCUCGACGGCCUCGGCGCGCUGCCGGAGGUCGCGAGCGCCGACGAGGCGACCUGCGCCGGCGACGGGAAGGCGAUCUUGCUCUGGAUGAGCGACUACCACGGCGACGGCGCGCAGCUCUUCUUCCCCGAGCGGCGGCACCCCUUCGUCGUGUGCCUGGGCCCCGCGGCCUGCGGCGACGACGUCGCGCCGGCCGACAUGCGCGCCUUCUACGUGCCCGCGGGCAAGGGCGUCUACUUCCACCCGGGGACCUGGCACAACGGCGUCUACGUCGCCAAGGACGUCAUCGCGCGCCUCGGCGGCGACAAGGCGACGUUCCUCACGCGCCAGGGCAGGGUCCACAGCCGCUUCUCCGCGAGCUGGGCCGAGGAGUUCGGCUGCGUCCUGCGCGUCCCGCUGACCCUCUGA